AUGAAAGAACGCGAACCCGCCACAGAUCCUACCAAGAUCUUCCAUUACACAGACUUGCAGCGCAAGAAGCCUACCCGCGAGAAUGACCCCUACACAUAUAUGCACGGCUGGAACAACAGACACCAGUCAGAGGUGAUCCCAGGCACCCUCCCAGUGGCCCAGAACAACCCACAAGAAGUCCGAUUUGGCCUUUACACCGAAGGCAUUACAUACAGUGCAUUCGCCGCACCAAGAGCACACAACUACAGCACAUACAUGUACCGUGUCCGGCCCGCAGCGGCUCACAAUGGAUACAAGAAGAUUGAAUCAAAGGCUCACAUCCAGAACUGCUUCCUCUCGCUGAACCCUGAAGUCGAGACUCUGCCCGAACAAGCAGAAUGGGGACCUUUCCCUCUGCCCGAAGACUCGGACAAGAUUGACUUUGUGGAUGGUUUACAUACUUUGGGUGGUUCUGGUGAUCCUAACUUGCGUGAGGGCAUGGCCUUGUAUGUCUACGCCAUCAACGCAUCUAUGGAGAAACGAGCAUUCUGCAACACAGAUGGUGACUUCCUCAUCUGCGCUCAGCAAGGGAACCUGGACGUCCAGACCGAAUUCGGUAUGAUCUUUUUGCAGCCAGGAGAAAUUUGCGUCAUUCAGAGAGGUGUGAGAUUCAGAAUUGCUCUUGGACCUGGAGUUGAGAAGGCUAGAGGAUACAUCACGGAGGUUUGGGGCAGCAUGUGGGAGUUGCCUGACCUGGGUCCUUUGGGUGGCCAUAGUCUUGCUAACCCCAGAGACUUCUUAUAUCCCGUUGCACACAUUGAUGAGGAUUUGAGCGGAGACUGGGCUGUUGUGAACAAGAACAAUGGAAAGUACAACUGCCUCGAGCAGGAUCACAGUCCGUUCGACUUGGUCGCCUGGCACGGAAACGUCGUUCCGUACAAGUACGAUCUCACCAAGUUCGCCUCCCAAAACGCAACCAGUAUUGAUCAUACCGAUCCUUCCGUCAACACCGUCCUCACAGCCAAAUCCCGCGAUCCCAACACUCCUCUCGCCGACUUCCUCUGGUUCGGUCCAAGAUGGGACGUCGCAUCAAACACCUUCCGCCUCCCCUACUUCCACCGCAACUCGGCCUCCGAAUUCCUCGCCUGCCUCUACGGCGAAGGCUUAGGUAGAAGCGACGACUUCCAACCCGGCGGCGGCAGUUUCGAGGGCGGCCACACCCCCCAUGGUGGCUUCUCGGAAGCCUACGUAGAUGAGAUGCGCAUCCAAGAGUCUGAGCCCCGGAAGAUUUUGGAAAAUCAAAUGACUAUCAUGGUGGAGAGUUCGAGGACUUUCUUGUGGACUGAGUAUGCGAGGGUGGGGUGUGGCACUAUCAACACUCGUGGUACGGACCCUAAGGUUUGGGAUACGCUGCCUGAUCGUUUCUCGAAUAACCCUGAGGCCAAGGCGUUGUUAAAGAGGGUCAAGGAGGACAAGAAAUUGAUGGAAGAGAGGAGUAAGGUAUACUUCGAUGAUGGUGCACUUAAGGAGUUGCUUAACAGCAAAACCAACGGAUGUUGA